AGCGACAUUUUUGCCCAGAGCUCCUCUGGAGCAAGGCUUUUUUUUUGCCCACGGGCUGCGCACCGGCGCCCGCGAGCGGGGGGGGCCCAAGCACGCAGCUCCGGCGGUUCCCCGCGCCCGCCCCUGUUCCAGGCGGGCCGCGCCUGCUCGUGGCCCCCGCAGACGCCGGGGGAGCGUGAGGCUCGAGUCUGUGCCCGAGCUCUGGCCUGCCGCCGCUCUCGGACGGCCCGGGCGCGAGCUCUGCCGGCCCCAGCGCUCGGGCGGCCUCCGCGGCGGGCGCAAGCGCGCCACAUCCCAGACCUGGCCCCGCCGUUUUGGGGAAGUACGCAGCGGCCGCUCGGCCAUGACGUCCGCCUUGGCCCUGUCCACGGCCCUUGCCCGGCACAUGGUCCACAGCGAGGCCAACCGGCGCGUGGCCCUGCGAGCCGCCAUGCGGGCGCCCCCCCCGCCGUGGUGGGCCACGUCCUCCCUCGCCCAGGCGGCGGAGGCCGCUGCCCCCUCGCCGUGGCAGCGGCGGCUCCUGCAGCUCGCGGAGCAGCACCUGGCGGCGGAUCAGGGCGGCGCCCGCGGCAGCAGCCCUCGGCCGGCGCCCCCGGCCUUCGCGCCCGGCGAGGCCGCGUGGGCCGCGCCCUCCGCGCGGGCGGCCGCUGCGCCGUAAGUCGCCGAGCGGCGGUGCCGCUGGCGGGCGGCCCCCGCGGGCGGCCCCCCCCGCGGGCGGCCCCAGGCCCGGGUCCGCCGAGGGGCG